AUGGGGCGUCCAGCGCUUACCACCGAGUUUGUAGCUGCUGCAGCUACGAUCCUUCGCCACUCUCGCAUCCGUCGCUUUGCUAGAGAUGCGUUCGCUUUCCUACAGAGGGUCCCCAGAGCUCUUAGCCCGCAAACUAUUGAAAAAAUACAGACUCACGAGACCAUGAGCCCAGCAAGCUUCGACCGACAGGAGAUAAAAAGUAUUCUGAAGCCUCUCACAGAAUGUCAGCAAUGCAACCCUCUUUCCAUGGAUGAAAAAGGCCUUCUCGCUCGAAUACGGCACGACUACGUACCGAACUCGCUCGAAAAUUCCCUUGCAGAAGCGCUUAGAGUGCGCAGUCGAAGGCACCAAGAGUCCAAAUUGAGCGUUAAGCUGUCUCCCCACUUUUUCACAGUUACGGAUCCGGUGAUACACUUCGAGUUUAUGGCUGUUGUUAUCACAGAAUUCCCCGACCUGUUUAACUGCCAAAAGCACCGUCAUUGUGGGCUAAAUUACUUUCGCAAAAUUGGCUGGAGACCGAGUGCGCCUGAGGAAAUAAUAUUAGAAAUGUUUGCGAAUGCGGCCAUGGAGUAUGUUCAACGAUAUAACUAUUGCGGGCAACAGCUUGUCGACACAGAAGAGCCUGAACUACACAGGGAAAGAGUUAAGUUUAUCGUAUUUUAG